AUGUCUACUGCCGCUCACACCAACACCAACACCAACACCUGCAACAAGUCACGCACUAUAAAUACUAUACCCGACGGUGCAACAGAGUUCGCAGCAGGCCUUACGCCUACCCAGAUCUGUCACUCGUAUUGCGAUCCGUCCAUCACAUUUGGCAAGCAGUUUGCAGCAGCUCUUGACUUUGAGCCUAAGCGUGCUGCCCUGGUAAAGUUGUUCCAGUUCUUAGGCUGUAGCCUUAUACAGUUAACCGAAGAGACGGCCACCUUCAUAUUCGCGGGAAAAGACACGCCUCCCAACAUGACCAAACUGGUCUGA